AUGAUCAGCCUGGUGGGACAGGCCGAUGGGGUGGGAGGGGCCGAGGGGGUGGGAGGGGCCGAGGGGGUGGGAGGGGCCGAGGGGUGGAGUCGUAUAAUGAUCAGCCUGGUGGGAGAGACCGAGGGGGUGGGAGAGGUCGAGGCCAUAUUCACCAGCCCUAUUCACCAGCCCUAUACCCCAGCCAUAUACCCCAGUCUUAUAAACCAGCCCUAUACCCCAACCUUAUACCCCAGCCCCAUGCACCAGCCCCAUGCACCAGCCCAAUACCCCAGCCCUAUACCCCAGCCCUAUACCCCAGCCCUAUACCCCAGCCUUAUACCCCAGCCCUAUACCCAAGCCUUAUACCCCAGCCCCAUGCACCAGCCCUAUUCACCAGCCCUGUACACCAGCCCUAUUCACCAGCCCUGUACACCAGCCUUAUACCCCAGCCCCAUGCACCAGCCCCAUGCACCAGCCCAAUACACCAGACCUAUACCCCAGCCCUAUACCCCAGCCUUAUACCCCAGCCCUAUACCCAAGCCUUAUACCCCAGCCCCAUGCACCAGCCCCAUGCACCAGCCCAAUACACCAGACCUAUACCCCAGCCCUAUACCCCAGCCUUAUACCCCAGCCCUAUACCCAAGCCUUAUACACCAGCACUAUACCCCAGCCUUAUACACCAGCCAUAUACCCCAGCCCCAUACCUAA